AUGACUGCCACGUGUCAAGAAGAAUUCAGAGGUGUGCUGAGUGCGGUUGUUCUCAGCUCUUUAGCGCCCUAUGGCUCUGCUACCGUGAUGCUUGGCCGAGCCUCCCUACCGAUGUAUCGAUCCCGCACAUUUAGACCAGUCCUAGCGGACAGGACAAAACUUCCCUUGAAGAAAGCCAGCCUGAGGGAACUGGAUUGGUCAUUCCACCAUCACUCGAUUAUAGAGGGUUGGAGCCCUCUCUCUGAAAGCCCUCUUGAUGCGAUGAUAAAAUGGCUAGUAUUCAAGGCUAGUCCCAAGAAACCAAGCUAA